GGGGCCCGUCAGCCGUGCGCUGAGGAGAAGCGAAAGCGAAGGGAAAGUUGCGGACUCCGGGGGAUCCCCGCGCCAGUGGAGGUGGCAGCGCCGCUGCCUGGCGGGUGAGACACGUGGGGGAACGGGCCGCGUGUGUGCGCUGCAUGCGUCCCGCAAAGUCCUCGGCCACGGUCUGUCACUUCAGGGCGCUGCCACGGAGCCCGGACGGGCGCUCCCGCCUCAGAUGGUGGUGCCCCGGGCAAGGCAGCAGCCCCCGAUGCUGUGCUGCAUGCCCGGCGUGGCUUUCGUCCCCGCUCUGCUCGUCAGCUGGUCCUCGGCCGCCUUCAUCACAUCCUAUGUGAUCGCCGUGCUGGCGGGGCACGUCGAGCCCCUCGUCCCCUACAUCAGUGACACUGGAACUAAACCUCCAGAGAGCGGUAUCUUUGGUUUUAUGAUUAAUAUUUCAGCACUUUUAGGUGUAAUUACAAUGUGCAUCAGAUAUUUAUUAAUAGAGAAGCAAAAUGAGUCGUCGCACUUUAUUAGGUCUUCAUGCAAUGUGUUUUCAUUAUGUAUUGGAUUGAUGGGCUGUACUGGAAUGGGCAUAGUUGCAACUUUUCAGGAGCUGUCUGUUCCCAGUGUCCAUGACAUAGGAGCUUUGGUGGCAUUUGGCUCCGGUGUUGUAUACAUUACCCUUCAAUCUAUAAUCUCUUACAAGUCCUGUCCACAAUGGAACACUUACCUGGUGUGUCACAUAAGGAUGGCCAUAUCUGUAACAUCAUGUAUUGCUUUCAUUCCCAUUUUCCCAGUGAUUGUGUUUGCUUCAAAAAUUUCCGUGACAAAAAUUGAUUGGACUCCAGAUGAAAAGGAUUAUACCUAUCAUGUUGUGAGUGCAAUCUGCGAAUGGACGGUGGCCUUUGGUUUUGUCUUCUUCUUUUUAACAUUCAUUAGAGAUUUUCAGAGAGUUUCUUUAAGGAUAUCAACAGAAAUAUAUGAAGACUCCUGAUAGUGGAAAAAAUUAUAUUUUAUAUAUAUGAAUAUUUUAUAGGUUUCUUUUUACUCACAGAAAAUAUUACAGAGGGACAGGGUUUUAUAAAGUUGUAUAGAGAACCCAUGCCAUUAACUCCACAACAUCUAUAACAGCAUCCACUAGAUCAUUUUAAAAACUUGCAGCAAUGUUCCUGCUACUUUUUCUGCAUUUUGUAAUUUUUAUACUGUUUGGUAUAUUAAAAAUACUGUAAUAGAAGCAAUCUGCAGAAGCACUUGAAAGUUAUUCAAAGACCUAAUUUCCUUAGCACUUUGCUUUUGGACAUAUCCGUACCUUUUCAUUUGCUGUGGUCUGACUGGUAACAUUAAACUUGAGAAAGUAUGUUUUGCAAAUAGUUAGGAAAGUCUAAAAAGAACAGAAAACACUAAGGCUGAAUUCCUGUUCUGUUAAUUGGCAAGGGCUGUGGAGGAAAGCGUGAGCAGAACUGGGCAUCUUUGUUUCAAGACUAGAAAUUUGCAGUUAGUAGAUGGCAACACUAUGCUACAUCUUUCCGAUAGUGGACACUGUAUACAGAUACAAAUCCUAGGAGAAGAUUAAACGAUGCUGCUUGAAAAAUGUUGUCUAAUCAUCACUGCACUGUGUGUUUGUAAGAGUCUACCCCUUUUCCCCCUUCAUGCACUGAUGGCCAUAGGAAGCUUGAAACUGAAGUGGGAAUAGAAAGUAAAUUUAUGAUGUACUAAAUGCACGAUCUACUAAAGAGAAACCUUAGUUAUAACUUGGUUAAUAGAAGGCAGAAGUUUUCCAGCUGUAUUUCAACCUACAGUUUC